AACCCGCUCGCUUCGCCUCCACCGCUGCUACGGUUGUACCAGUAGCCCUAACGGCGCAAUGCAGCAGGUUUGAGCCGUUACGAGCUCUGCGGGGUUUGAUUACGAUCAUAAAACAAUUAUCUGCUGCUGCCGCCAACAUGAUUUCUCUCACGGAUUCACAAAAAAUUGGGAUGGGGCUGACGGGGUUCGGUGUGUUUUUCCUCUUCUUUGGGAUGGUGCUGUUUUUUGAUAAAGCUCUCCUCGCCAUUGGAAACAUCCUGUUUGUUUCAGGCCUCUCCUUCGUCAUCGGCCUGGAGCGAACGUUCCGGUUCUUCUUCCAAAAACACAAAGUGAAAGCCACCGGCUUCUUCCUCGGGGGAGUGUUGGUGGUUCUCAUCGGCUGGCCGAUCAUUGGAGUCGUUCUGGAGAUUUACGGUUUCUUCCUCUUAUUCAGAGGAUUCUUCCCGGUGGCGGUGGGCUUCAUCAGACGGGUACCUGUGCUCGGGUCUUUGCUCAGUUUACCAGGGAUCAGUAAACUGGUGGAUAAAAUUGGUGAGAGCAACACGAUGGUAUAACGGAGGACUGUUUCUGUAUCGCAGGAGAGCGUCAGUAUUUAUCAGUUACUAAUAGAUCCUGUUUUCUUUGGUCAUGCCACUUCAGAACUGUGAAUCCAAACAAAGUGAAUCUGUGGAUGUUUGACUGACAUCAUAAUUUGUAUCUGACAGCCAAGAGAUUAUUAUUAUUUGAAAAGCUGGAACCAGGUCUCCAAUUUUGCAUCAUUCCUGUCUGAUAUUUAUGGACUGAUAACUUGGGACCACUGGAUGAACUCAGCGGAGAGUCGGGGGCUCUUCUCAGCGUCCUCUCCUCUGGAUCGUGUGCCUGAACCCAGAGCUGCUGCUGCUUCUUUUUUCUUAACGAGUCUUUCAAUGAAUUGUAACUGGAAUUUUGUACAGUAAAAAAAUAAAUAGUGUUGAGCUAAACGUUACUCGGGCAAAGACACCGGAACAGUCGUGGAAAAGGUUUCAGAUGCUUUGUAUGGAGAUGUUUUACUGUAACUUUUGUAAGUGUGUAUACUUGUAAUAAAAGUGUCUUUUAUAA